AUGAAAGUUCAUCAACAUAUUACUGAUGAUGAUGAAGAAAUUGAAAUGUCAAUCUACGAGACUUUUCCAACACACAUUCACAUAGAAGAGAAGAACGAAUAUAAUGCAGAUCAAACAAUCAUUAGUAGAAAAAGCACUGAUUGGAUCAUAAACGGAAUCCGUGUUAGAGAAAAUCUAACACAAUAUCAGUUGAAGAAUAACCCGCCAAAGACGAGACUGGAAUAUUAUGAUGUCAUAUUUUUCAAUGAUUACAAUAAAGAUGGUUUUUUAGGGACAUUGGAUGAAAAUAUCGUUGAACAGAUGCUCAAUGAUAUAAGAGGAAAGGAAGAAAAAACAGAAGAUAAUUCAGAGCAUGAUAUUAAGUUACCAUUGGAUAAUGUUAUCGAUUGA